AUGGCGCCGCCUUCGCAAAAGCCAGCUGGGGCGCAGGCCACCAUCAGCGCCUUCUUCAAGCCCAAACCCAGCUCCAGCUCCAGCUCCAACGGCGCUAGCUCAUCUGCCGCCCGCCCUCCAUCAGAGCCUCCAUUCAAGAAGCCACGCCUGGCUGUGUCCGAGGCACCUCGCCGCGAGACCUUGGCUCGCAUGGACAGAUGGCGCUUCGAAAAGGACACCUCCACCACCACCACCACCAC